AUGGACGGUGUUUCGACAACGAGCAUUUCAAAGGAAACUGGCACUGGAAGCAGUGAUACGGCGUCAACUUCAUAUCAGCAGUAUCCUGAACUGAGCGCUGAACAAGAAUUCUUCCUCUAUGAAUUGGAAACGACAGACUCUGGGAGUAUUGGUCUUGUACUUCGGGCCAUCUACGACUGCGGUGACGUGCACAAGUUUUCGCGUGCCUUAGAGCAUCGUAUUCAUCACUACGAUAAGAAUAUUCAAAAGAUUUGUUCAUAUCAUUAUCAAGGGCAUAUUGAUUCUAUGAAACAGUUGCUUCAGUUGAAAUCAAGAUGCCUCGAAAUUAAGGAUGAUGUGGUAAGUAUAGAUGGGGCAAUUCAAGAGAGUAGUAAGCAACUGCAGAAGAAGAGUGCUGAAAUUGUACGUUACCGAAAGUUACAAAAGAAUGCAAAUACGGCUAUUGAACAUAUUUCAUUGUGUAUACCCGUACUCGAACAUUAUGCAAAACUGAAUGAAUUGAUGCAGCAAAAAAAAUAUUAUCAAGCGCUAAAAGUGUUGGAAGAAUUGGAGCAUACUUAUUUGGUGCACGUUGACAAGUAUCGUUUUACACAAUCGUUGUAUAAGUCAAUGGCACCGAUUCGCGAACAAAUCAAAGAGAAAUCAUUCUCUGAGUUUACGGACUUUCUGGAGAAUAUCAGGAAAGUGUCAUGGCGUAUUGGUCAACAUGCGUCGAAAUGUACAGCCGAACAGCAUUCAUUCGGUAUGUCGGAUGCGGAACGCAAUAAACGAAUUCAGGACGAGGCGAAACGAAACGCCGAAAAUGUUUCAGUGGAAUUAUCAUCAGACGGCUCAAUUGUGCUGAAAAAUGAGUCGAAAACGGAGCGUCGACGUUCGACUGGUCGUACUUCUGUGCACGAUGAAGAUGAGUUGUUAAGUGCGCAAGAUUUAAUCGAUUUCACGCCCGUGCAUCGAUGUUGUCAAAUUUUCAAUGUGUUGGGUGCAAAAGAAAUCUUUGAUUCAUACUACAGGAAGCAACGUAAAGAGCAAGCGGCCGUUGUUAUACGGCCACCAAGUAAAUUGGUAGGCAGACGUUUUUGUUUCUUUCAAUUUGGAUUUUUCCCAAAAUUUUCUGCAAAACUUCAGCAACAGUCAAUCCAUUCGUAUGUGCGUUAUUUGGAUGAAAUCAUUGGAUUCUUCGUAAUCGAAGAUCAUAUAAUGCAAACUGAACCGAGUCUUGUCACAGCGGCUUACAAGGAUCAACUUUGGGAGAUGGCAUUGCAACAGGUUACGACUGCAAUGAACACGCAUUUCGGCGGUUGUCUGGAUGUGGAAAUGAUGCUAAGGAUGAAGAAAGUUAUUUUGCUAUUUGCCUUAACGAUGAAAAGUUAUGGUUUUGGAAUUGGCUCGUUGUAUACACUGCUGCAAAACUUCAGAGAUCAGUAUAAUGAGAUUUUAAUGCGAGAAUACUGCGCGCAGUUCGAGCGUGAUUUGGAAAAUGAUAACUACGCGCCAAUAACUGCCCAGGAUGAACAACAGUUCAAGUCGGUCAUCUCGCAGUUUCCAUUCUAUAAACGUGGUUUGGAUCAGGAAGUGUAUCCACGAGUUUUUCCAUUUUCGAAGUUCGUUCCAGCAGUUUAUGGCCAAGCGAAGAGUUAUUUGGUUGGAUGUUUACGUUUCAUGGAACAUUUACAAUUAUCACCAUCAGAGGUGGACGAUACUGUGCGUCGUUACGCGAACGUUUUAUUAGCCAGAUGGUCGGGCUCGCUUAAAAGUUUUGUGGCUAGCAAACGACGAACUCUGGUUCAGUUGGUACAAAUUACGAUAAAUAUUGGUUAUUUGGAAAAAUCAUGUGGCUCAUUAGAGCAAUACAUAAGCAAGUUGACGAGUCGCAACGAUGGCUCCAUUUCAACAGCGAGUUCGGGGCAUUUACUCACACUCAAGGACCAAGUCUUCCGCGACGCACGUUCUGAGGUCGAGCAACAAAUUGAUGAUGCUCUCAGAGAUAAAGUUGACGCCUUUGUAGAGUUAGCCAACUACGACUGGGAAUUAUCAAGUUCGAGUGGUCGUGCCAGUGAUUACAUAUCAGAUUUGAUAAAGUUUCUAGAAACGACGUUUCUAUCAUUUACAAAUCUUCCAGCAUUACUUGCGCGUCAUGUGUGUAUGCAGAUUUGCAAGUAUCUAGCAAGUCGUUUAACAGAUUUAUUACUUUCACCCGACCUGAAAGCUGUUAGUAUGGGAGCGUUGGAUCAGUUCGAUUUAGACGUCAUUCAGUGCGAGCUUUUCACCUCGCAAUGUCCUGUGGCUGGACUUGAGGAUGCGACAUUAGCAAUGACAUUUGCAAGUUUACGCCAGUUAUUGGACCUUGUUAUGAAAGCUGAUUGGCCAACGUAUUUGGCUGACUAUGGAAAAGGUGAAAGCAGAUAUUCGAGGGUGAAAGCGUCUAGUGCAAUUACAGUUCUUGAAAAAAUGAUCGAAUUUGAGCGAAAAUCGUCGGGUUUCUUCGCGAAAGGUCGUGAGAAGGAUCGUAAGAAGUUAUUGGAUACGAUCGUUAGACAAUUGAAGGCGCUUGCAAAUCAGUAG